AACUGCGCUAUUGCGUCUCUCCACUGUACUUCCUAGUUACAGCGAGUUGUAGCUAGGAUUGGGGAUGGUAGAACUGCGAAACUGGGCUGGGCCAAUUCGGAUAGCUUUAACUCUCUUAGCAUUCCGACACUCAGUUUAUUCUUUUGGGACUAGUCAUAAUUUUCCAUGUUCGCUGACCCGGUGCCUCUCUGCGAUAACCGCCAGUGAAACCGUUGGGCACCCCGCUCAUAGCUACAGCACGUCGAUAUCCAGCCUGUGCACCAUGCCUUCCGUUGCGCACGUCAAAGCCAGAUGCCCGCUGUAUCCCAGCUCUGAGAUCCGCAGGUCCCCUGUUCCAGACGACAAGCUGAAGUGGGAGACGCGAUGGGCAGACUAUAAACCCGUGAGCUAUACAGCUCCCUCUGUGCUGAAGAACCCGUCCUGGGCAGACCCAGACAUUGGGUCCUUUUCCCCAAAGUUCAACUCUCUGGAUGGGUCUGUGGACCGGCGCAGUCUCGUGGGAACAUACAAAGUCGACCAGGGAAAGCCACUCAAUCCUUGUGGCCGCACUGGUUUGACUGGGAGAGGCUUACUGGGCAGGUGGGGUCCGAAUCAUGCAGCCGACCCGAUUGUGACCAGGUGGAAGCGAGAUUCAGCUGGUCAGCGGGUCUUAAACACACACUCCAAGCUCCCGGUCCUCCAGUUCAUCUCCAUCAAGAGGAAGGACUGUGGGGAAUGGGCAAUACCAGGGGGCAUGGUGGACCCGGGGGAGGUGGUAACCCUCACUCUGCAGCGGGAGUUCUCUGAGGAGGCCCUGAACUCCCUCAAAGCCUCGCCCAAGGAGAAGGGGAGACUCCAGGAGCGCAUCAAUCUGCUGUUCAGAUCGCCAGGGCUUCAGGUGUACCAAGGUUAUGUGGAUGACCCUCGAAACACAGAUAAUUCCUGGAUGGAAACGGUUGCUGUGAACUUCCAUGAUGAGACAGGGGAUAGUGUUAGCACGCUGCCCUUGCGAGCGGGGGAUGACGCCGGGCAGGUGCGCUGGGUGGAUGUGGAUUCUGCCGAGCCGCUGUACGCCAGCCACUCGCAGUUCCUGAAGACCGCCGCCCAGGAGAGGCGCGCCCACUGGUAGCCCGGCCCGGGAGGCGGAGAAAGAGAGGGCUGCAGCCACGUCAGAAGUUGUGUAUGGGAACUGGUCCGUGCUCCAUUCAGAAGAAGGACUGGCUGACUGCAUGAGAAAGGCAUGUAUUUGAUGUCAUCGGUUUGUGUGUUACAGCGGCCUCCCCUGCCCUGAGGUGUCCACCGGCUCUUUCCAGACACUUAUUUUACACUUCCUCACCUCUCGUUUCCUUGACUGACCCGAAACUCCAGCGACAUCUGCCGUUUUGAGGAGAUUCCAACACAUGAAAUGCUGAUCAGAGUAGAUAGGAGGCUCUUGUAGGAUUCCUGAGCAACGAUGCUCAAGCACAUCCUUUUCCGGAAGUUUUUUUUUUCCGACCCCCUCCCAUCCGCCGUGUCUGUAAUUUAUGUGCCUUCAAACUGGCGUUUGAAAGUCUUCCAUUUGCCUAAUGUUUCCUCGAUUCCUUGGUUCUUUCUCCUUUCUCGUGUCUUUUCAUGGCCUUAGGAGCAAGGAAAGGAGGCGAGGGAAGGAAACUUAUAUAUAAAAAUAAGUGAUUUGAAAGAGCCUGUGAUGUUACGUCUCCUUCUGAGGGGUGCUGUCGGUGCCUCUGUGGAUCAGCUUCUGCGUAUUGUGAUCAAAUAUAGACUUGAACUGCGAAUAACUAAUAAUUGUAUUUUAUUUUUUUUUCUCCAAAUGAUGAAUUAUUUGAGGGCUGCUGGAUGGCUCGUUUCAUUUUGGCCCGAGGCUGUGGCGCAUGGAUGAGCCCCAUGGUGCUGGAUCACAUCCCGGCAGAGCCACUUAGUGAUGGUGUUCCCCAGGGCAUGGCAGGGUUUAGUCGGAUGCUGAUAGUGAUCGUGUUCCCCUGGGCAUGGCAGGGUUUAGUCGGAUGCUGAUAGUGAUCGUGUUCCCCUGGGCAUGGCAGGGUUUAGUCGGAUGCUGUUAGUGAUGGUGUUCCCCAGGGCAUGGCAGGGUUUAGUCAGAUGCUGUUAGUGAUGGUGUUCCCCAGGGCAUGGCAGGGUUUAGUCGGAUGCUGUUAGUGAUGGUGUUCCCCAGGGCAUGGCAGGGUUUAGUCAGAUGCUGUUAGUGAUCCUGUUCCCCAGGGCAUGGGUGGGUUUAGUCGGAUGCUGUUAGUGAUCGUGUUCCCCAGGGCAUGGGUGGGUUUAGUCGGAUGCUGUUAAUGAUCGUGUUCCCCAGGGCAUGGCAGGGUUUAGUCA